AUGCCUAUUAGCGCCUCCUAUGGAAGGAGGGAUGGACAGGAGGCGGGGUUUACCGAACAGGAGUGAGAAGAAGAGGGUUUUAAUCCCAGAGUUAUCCCCCGUGUAGUUUGGGGGUUCUGCUGUUGUCACCCCUCUGUGGUCACCUCCUGGCUGAAGGAAGGAUCAUGGAAAUUUGGAAGUUUCCGCCCUUUCGUACAUGGCUUUAAACGGAUAUGCCGACUGUGCUUUCCCCCCCCCGAGUUGCUGGAAUAUUUGAGCUCUGGGAUGGGUCUGUGUUGAAUCUCCAGGCGGAUCAGACGUGGGGCUGUGUUUUUCCUGUCUGCCAUCAUGGCGCUGAAAGCGAGAGCUCUCUACAGCUUCCAGAGUGAGAACAAGGAGGAAAUUGACAUUGUGGAGAAUGAGGAGCUUCAGUUGUUUAGUGAUGCGUCCUUGGAUGGAUGGCUUCAGGGAACGAAUAGCCGCGGUGAGACAGGUCUGUUCCCUGCAUCCUACGUGGAGAUCCUUCGCCCACGUUCAGACUCGGUCCAGGUAGAUUACUCACGGCAUCUUACAAGUUAUGUGGAAACUACUCACCAUGGAAGCUAUGAUGAUGACGACGACGAUGAUGAUGACUGGGAUGAUUGGGAUGACGGGCAGUCUGUGGCAGAAGGACCCAGUGGUGCCAAUGGAGUUCCACACAGUCAGCCACAGCACCACCAUUAUUCCAGGGAUGAGCCAGUCCACCGUCCACGGCCACAGUUAGAGCGCCAGGAUAGUGUGACCAGUGCCAAAAGGGGCAGUGUGGUAGGGAGGAAUUUGAACCGGUUCUCCAGUUUUGUUAGGUCUGGUGUGGAGGCCUUUGUUCUUGGAGAUGUCCCCCAGCUGAGUAGAAUCGUAGAGAAACAUGCUAUAGAAAUGGGACCCAAGGGGCCACAGUGGAUGCCGCACCCCUAUCCAUUCAAUUGCUCUGUGGAGGAGCCCACGAAGCAGACCAAGUUCAAAGGAAUCAAGAGUUACAUCUCUUACAGACUGACUCCUGGUCACACCAAUUCACCGGUUUACAGGCGCUACAAGCACUUUGACUGGCUCUACAACCGCCUGCUGCAUAAAUUUACUGUGAUCUCUCUACCCCACUUACCAGAAAAGCAGGCAACAGGUCGAUUUGAAGAGGAUUUCAUUCAGAAGCGCAAACGUCGGCUUGUCUUAUGGAUGGACCACAUGACCAGCCAUCCUGUUCUCUCCCAGUAUGAUGGUUUUCAACAUUUCCUGAGCUGUCGGGAUGAUGAGAAACAGUGGAAGGCAGGCAAGCGACGAGCAGAGAGAGAUGAGCUGGUGGGUGCCAGCUUCCUUUUGACAUUGCAAAUACCUUCUGAACAUCAAGACCUCCAGGACGUGGAGGAGCGAGUUGACGUUUUCAAGGCCUUCUCCAAAAAGAUGGAUGAAAGUGUCCUUCAGUUGAGUGGUGUAGUAUCAGAACUUGCACGAAAGCACUUGGGAGGCUUUCGUAAGGAGUUCCAGCGGCUAGGAAGUGCAUUGCAAGCAUUAAGCCAUUCUUUCCAGUUGGAUCCUCCCUAUAGCUCUGAGCCGCUAGUGGGUGCCAUCUCUCACACUGGACACACUUACGAGAGAGUAGGGGAGAUGUUUGCUGAGCAGCCCAAGAAUGACCAGUUCAGGCUGCUGGACACUCUUUCGCUUUACCAAGGCCUGCUUUCCAAUUUCCCAGACAUCAUUCACCUACAGAAAGGAGCGUUUACGAAAGUGAAGGAAAGCCAGCGGAUGAGUGAUGAAGGGCGCAUGGAGCAGGAUGAAGCAGAUGGAGUCCGGAAGCGCUGUCGUGUGGUGGGCUUUGCUUUGCAGGCAGAAAUUAACCAUUUCCACCAGAGGAGGUUGCUGGAUUUCAAACAGGCCAUCCAGCAUUACCUAAAAGAGCAGAUUGUCUUUUACCGCAGAGUGAGCGAUGAGUUGGAGAAGACUCUACACAAGUAUGAUGACCUGUGACACUAGUGGUUACAAAACAGACUAAGCCUUUAUGGAACUGUUUGGGAGUUUUGUCUUUACUGGUCAGAGUUUUAUAGGCAAAAAAAUACAUUCCUGGUUACAGUUUGACUGAUUGAAUUCUCUGUGGAUUUCUUUUGGACUCUGAAAGCAAAUCUUUCUAUGCUUUUACGUUUGUACCAAGUUGCCUCUCUAAGGGGAUCGUUCCUUUUAACAUUAGCUAGAUCCCUGGCUGCAAAAGGGCGGGAAGGUUUUAGAGGGCAAUUUUCAGCUUUAGAGUCCAAAGACUGUGUGAUUCUGUUAUGAAAAGGUUAAGUUUAGAGAUGAUUUAUCAGCUGGUGUUUUAUAUUGGUAUAAUGUAUAUUUUGAUAGGUGCUGCUGUGUUACAAGAUCAAUAAUAAAUCAAAGCUUUAUAUUUUAUGCUGUGUCAAAAUUUGGUUCUAGUUGUCACAACAUUAUUUUGAAGCAGCAUCCUCAUACCAAUAUGGGAUCUAUUAUUACAUUUCCCUUUUUAUAUAAAGGUUUCAGGUAAUGGGUUGCAAAAAUUGCUAAAGAACAACUCUAACUGUGCAAUGAUUUUUCGUUUGUGACAUCAAAAUCAACACCCAUACAUUAAGAACUGGAGAAUAAAACUGCCGCUGUGCCCUAUUAA